UCGCCCCACCGUCCCUGCUUCCACGUCCGCCGGUCCGUCCGGAGCGCCGCGGCCACAUCAUGUUGGGCAUGAUCAAGAACUCGCUGUUCGGGAGCGUAGAGACGUGGCCCUGGCAGGUCCUGAGCAAAGGGGGCAAGGAAGAAGUCUCCUUUGAGGAAAGGGCCUGUGAGGGCGGGAAGUUUGCUACAGUGGAAGUGACGGAUAAGCCUGUGGAUGAGGCUCUAAGGGAAGCAAUGCCCAAAGUCAUGAAGUAUGUGGGUGGCACCAAUGACAAGGGAAUCGGGAUGGGGAUGACAGUACCUAUUUCCUUUGCCGUGUUCCCCAGUGAAGAUGGCUCUUUACAGAAGAAAUUAAAAGUCUGGUUCCGGAUUCCAAACCAGUUUCAGAGCAACCCACCAGUUCCUGGUGAUGACAGCAUUAAGAUUGAAGAGAGAGAAAGCAUCACUGUCUUUUCCACGCAGUUUGGUGGAUACGCCAAGGAAGCUGACUAUGUAGCUCAUGCUGCCCAGCUGCGUACCGCCCUGGAGGGCACAGCCACUUACCGGAAUGACAUCUACUUCUGUGCUGGGUAUGACCCUCCCAUGAAGCCCUACGGACGUCGCAAUGAGAUCUGGCUGGUGAAGACAUGAGUGGUUCACUGAGCCAGAAACUUCCUGGGUGUGUGCUUCUGUGUCCACUUACUCGGGGGGCAGGAGGGAGCAAUGCUUCCACUGUAACUCCCACUUAACCAACUUUCCUUCAAAACCAAUUACUGCCAAUGAUCUGAAAUAAGCGUAUUCUAUAUACUGAGGCUCUUUUUCUCAUGGUGGGAAAUAGUUCAGCGAAGAUCGGCAGCAUUUCUCUAAUUGAUUUAGAAAAUUCUGUGGUAGACCAGAAACACCCCAGGAGCAUUUUCCCGGCUAUCUGGUCACUAAAAACUGAUUUUUUAAAAUUGUUGAAUCUGUCUUUUUGGUAUUGAGGGGAAAAUGUAAUUUGUGCAUGAUCUUUCAUCUGUAAUUCUUAUAAGAACUUUGUCUA